CAACAGCUCAACAACAACGUAACAAGACCAAGCCUUUCUCGGAAUGCUUUGCUUUGGCAACGAUGUGAGUUCAUAAAACCCAAACACCAACAACCAUCACCGCCACUACAACCAUCACUACUACAAUAAUGUGUGCCAUUACCAUGAAGCGAAAGUACGAGACCGCCACUACUACCACUACUAGCAGCACUGGAGCCCGCAAGAUGCGUCGCAUCGUCAUGUCGAGUCUUCCCGAUCGCAUGUUGGCAUCUAGCGCCCAAAGUAACAACGAAUGCAGCCCCGACACUACCGUCGCCAAAACACUCGCACAAGAAGCUCCUCUUCAAUCGUACGCUGACUGCGCCGAUUUCUUUCAUGCUCCCACUCAAGCCGAGAUUGAUGCCUACGACCACGAAGCAUUGGCCGCCAUUCGCACGCAAAACAUGGACGUCCUUCGUCAAUUCCACGCCACUGGUCGCCCAUUAAAGUGCUCCAACAAGUUUGGAGAGUCGCUCCUCCACAUGGCCUGUCGCAAAAACAUGGUUGGCGUCACUGCCUUUUUGACACAAACGGCUAGUGUGCCAUUUGCCGUUUGCGACGACUACGGUCGCACACCGCUACACGAUGCCUGCUGGGCUCACACGACCAAUUUUGAACUCAUUGACUUGAUCUUGACGGCAUGUCCUGAUUUGCUCUACAUCAAGGACAAGCGUGGAAAUACUCCUCUCUCGUACCUUCGCAAAGACAAAUGGGCGUCCUGGAACAAGUACCUGGCCACCAAAUCGGCCGACUUUUUGAAACCCAAACAGUUGCCUACUUCUUGCUGAACACAAUGCAAUGCAAAACGACCUCCUCGCUAUUAGCUAUACAGUACUGCCUCCCAGCUUCCUUCCUGCUUCUCUAUCAUACUACAGCUAU